GCUUCUUCCUGAAAAGGAGAUACAGGCGUUUGUAUGUUGCUGCGAUUUCGACGCAUUCCUCGGAGUUUCAGUAUCAAACGUAACAUCACUAGCUACUAUAUAUCAGAUACAGAAAAUAUACAGAAAAUAUACAAUUAAUUGUUGUUGUUUUUAAACGGUGGUAGACAGAGCAAGUGAAACCGUAACUAUCGAUAAGUAUUUACGGAUCAUCGUCGACGCCACUUCGCAAGUGUGCGUCUUGUUAGCUAACGUUAGCUUAGCAAGAUAGUUUUCAGGGUGGUAAAAUGGAGGAUGCAUUUAGGCCGUCGACGGAUCUCGAUGAUCCACCAAAUAGUCGCUUGUUUCUAGUUACAAGUAAGUCCAUCACCGAGGACAUGAUCCGGGAACAGUUUUCUCUUUUUGGAGAAAUUCAGGACGUUUGGGUAGUCAAAGACAAGCAGACAAAGGAGUCAAAAGGAGUGUCCUUUGUGAAAUUUACUAAAUCGUCCGAGGCAUGUACGGCUAUGGAAGAAAUGCAUGGAAAAUGCUUGGUCGAAGGAACCAAACCAAUCAAGGUGUUUAUUGCCCAGGCGAGGUCCUCCGGAAGCCACCGCGACGUGGAGGAUGAGGAGCUCACCAGAAUAUUUGUGAUGAUUCCCAAAACCUUUACAGAGGACGACUUGAAAGAAACAUUCAAGGAAUAUGGUGACAUUGAGUAUUGCAUCAUCGUAAAGAAUAAAACCACAGGAGAAAGUAAGGGCCUGGGGUAUGUGAGAUAUCACAAACCCUCACAGGCAGCCACCGCCAUAGAGAACUGUGAGAAGACAUAUAGGGCCAUUCUUGCAGAGCCGAGGAACAAAACGCCAGCCCCAGACAACGACUACUUUAGCCCUGCCAGAGCAGAGCAUGUCCAGGGUGACCCAGGAAUGACUUCCUAUCCAUUUGUGGACUCUGGUUUUCAUACCAGGGGAGACAUGCGGGGCACAGACAUCAUCACCAGGUGCUUAAUGGUGUCAUCAAGGGCGAGCAUCACACAAGAUCAAGUCUAUAGCCUCUUUGACCUGAUCCCGGGGAUGGAUUAUUGCGAGAUGCAGCAGGAUUCAUAUGGUUUCAGCACAGGGCAAGCUAUGAUUCGCUACAACAACCUUGGAUCAGCUGUCUAUGCGAAAAACAAACUGGAUGGCUUUGAGUACCCACCUGGGAACCGGCUAGUAGUCACUCACAUUGAUGAUGGGCAGGACAGAAGAAGCCCAGUGGGAAGGAUGGCCAUGCAGCUGGUAGCAGCCCAGAUGAUGUCUAUCGUGUGCAAUGCUCCUACUGGCCCACCACCACUUAGGAAGACGAGCACUGGCUAUCCAUCACCCGCUGUUCCUCAGAGCCCCCGGGUACAGACAGAUGUUGCCCUCCCACCUCUCCAGAAGUUGGCCCCCUCAGACAGCCGGGUGAAAGAACGCCUAUUUGUGGUCUUCAAACCUUUGCCUCUGCCCAUGGAUGUGCUUGAAGAUGUGUUCUGCCGUUUUGGCUCUCUGGUUGAGGUUUUCCUUGUGCCUGGACGGAAUGUGGGCUACAUGAAGUAUGCAGAGAGAAAGAGUGCAGAUGAUGCCAUGGCGACCCUACAUGGUCAAAUGGUGAAUGGCGUUAAAAUGAAGGUGAUGCGGGCUGACCCGCCCAAAGAGGAGUCUCACAAACGUCAACGCACCUAUUAGGGGGACACAGAACAAGAGAUGACCUAAGUGACAUGACCUCCAACAUGACUGAACCGACAUAAAUGAUGACAGGACCAAAUUACGACCACACUACGGACAGUGAUCUCUGUACCUUACUUUGAUGUUUCUUUGUACUAACGCUGAAGGUGAUGACAGUGGUGGUCCUUUUCUCCUCAAGAUUGAUAUUUUGAUGUUAAGGAAGAGUUUGAAUCUGCAUUGGUCCUAAUAUGUUAUCAAUAAAAAAAACACCCAAUGCA